GGUAAUAAUAUAAAGUCUAUAUAAAAGAAAGAAUAGGAACAAAUAUCCUUGUGGGUACAUGUGGCUUUGAAGAAACGGUUGGAAUUAAAUGUUUUGAUGAGGAUUUAUUAAAAAGAAUAGCAACAUGUUUGCAACACGACCGUUGCUCUUCCUCGCCAUUAUUGGAUUGGCGGCCUGCCAGAUGGAAAAAACAGACUGUAUGGACGACCUAUGGAAGGAGGGGAAACUCUCUCUGGCCAUGAUAUCAGUGUCUUCACAUAACGCCGACAAAGCACAAAUCACACCUGAUGGACAGGGAUGGUGUGGUGACAACACAACUAACAACAACAGAAUCGAAAUCGUCUUUGCUGAACCGACCGUCGUGCAUCAGAUCCAGAUAAUGAGCAGUGUUGGUAAAGGCAACGUUAGACAGAUACAGCUCUUGACAACAUUUGAUAAACAUUCUGCCUGGGACCAACUCGUAGCAACCUUUGAUACACAGCUUAAUAAUCAUUCAGCAACUGUUAUGGAUGCAGGAGGCAGUAACCUUAUCAAGAUGAGGAUAAACAUAGUAUCUUUUGACCACAGUCCAUGCAUGCGGCUACAACUCUUUGGAUGUUCUCCUAAAGACAUCUGCCCUGACUGUCAGAAUGGAGGACAAUGUUUACAGAAUGCAGUAUGUAAAUGUCCCUACGGCUUCAGUGGUAAUCUCUGUGAAACUGAAACGAGUAAACCACCUGCAAACGCGUGCAUGGCUAGGCAAGGGUUAGGUGAUAACACAUUAUCGUCGGAUCAUCUACGAGUGUCCACGUCUGCCAAAAACCAAUCCAAGGAUAUGGGGAGGCUGAACUACUGUUGCAAAGGUGAUGUUAUCGGCGGCUGGUGCCCUGCUCACGCUGAUCUCACUCCGUGGUACGAGGUCAUGUUUCCAUCACCUGUGGCCUUUGGUGGACUUGAGAUCCAGCCUCCGUCUAUGCUGGGAGUUCUCAUCCCACCGACCUUCUUUAUGAAGACCUUUCGCCUGGAGAUCAUCUUAUCAGAAGAUUCUCUCAAGCAAUGGAGGGUUGUAGCACCAACGAUUGACGCAAUAUCCAACAGUACCAUCCGCAAGUCCUGGUUGAGUGUUAACCCCCACGUUGCCAUAGAUGCCCUGAGGAUAUAUCCUCUCACCAGUGAGAUAAAUCCCUGCUUUCGGUUCGACGUCCUGGGCUGUGAACCUUCAGAGCUGUGCUCCUCGGGUUUUUGUAAGAAUGGCGGAACAUGUGUCGGCCAGCAACAGUGUGCGUGUACACGUGGGUUUUACGGAUCGGACUGCAGUGUUACGACACUUACAACGACUGUUUUUGAAAUAACAACUAUCAUCAAGCACGUGAUCCAUACGACGACAGCCCUGACUUUUAACAUCCAAGGCCACGUGAGUCUGGUUAAUUCAUCUCUCGGACAGGCAAUGCACGUGACCGGCGCCAAUAGUUACGUAACAGUCAGUAAUGCUGUGUUUCCGUCUUGUCUUAGAGAUAUAAGAUCGUGUAGCUCUGGGUUUACAAUCAACCUGAAUGUCAUGUUCAACAAACUGGAGGAGAAUACCUAUAUAAUUUCUAAUGGUGGUGAUCGUCCUGACGGCAUGGGUUUAACGCUGUAUUACGCUUCCAAACAGCUACACUAUAUAGUGACGACUGAGACCCUCAUAUGGAGCCUCACAACAACCACUAGUCUGGUCACAGGCGUUUGGCAGCACCUCGAGAUCUCCUGGAGUUCUUCUCUCGGAAUCGAACUCCUUAACAACGGCAAGCUGAUCGGUAGCAUUACCCGACCACAGCCCCGCCCAACGGCGCUUAAGAUAAAACCAAGGGAAUUAACUUUGGGUUAUGGCUACGUUAGCACGUCUUCUGAGGUAUCAGUGACAUUCAACGGUCUGAAAACAUACGACGCUAAGAGGACAGAUUUAGUGACCCAAGGUGUCAUCACCGUACCAACCACAACAACAAGUACUGCUAAGCCAACGAAACCAUCGUCAGGGUUGAUUCAAGAAACAUUUGAGUUUCAAAGUAUUGUUGGAAACGUCAUUCAAACCACUUCGAACUUGACGCUUAAUAUACAUGGUCACGUGACACUAUCAACCUCCCAAUCAGGAGGGAAGGCGGUGAUGUUGAAUGGGACUGAUUCCUACAUAACUAUUGUCAACAAAACAUUCCAAUCAUGUCUGCAAGCUAUUGAUACAUGCUCCCACGGAUUCAGCCUAGCCAUUGUUGUCUUAACCAAACAGCUUGAAAACAACACCUAUUUCCUUUCUAAUGGCGGUGAUCUGGAUCGUGGUAUGGGCGUAGCGUUGCUAUAUAUUAACAAUAAAAUUAAACUGGUCAUCAGUACGAGUUCACAGAUCUGGAACUUCGAGGUCAAGAGUUCUCUUAAAACGAAUGUCAUAUACCGAAUGGAAAUAUCCUGGAGCAAAACUUUAGGAUCAAAGCUGUACAUUAACGGUUUGCUGGUGGGGGAAGCAAUGGAGUCCAUCCGGGUAACACCGGGGAAUUCGAUUAACGCACUUUCGAUUGGCUACGGUUUCUCAUCGGUACACACGACCGUUUCCAUGGAGAUAUACAGUCUGUUGGUAAUAGAUUACGAACGCUCGUAUCUUGUACAACAAGGCAUUUGGACAACAACAAAGCCCAGUACCACCCCAAUCGCUGUGUCAACGCCAGCAUCAACUGCAGUUACAACGAAAUCAACCAUCCAGUCUUUAAACUUCACAUUCAUACUGAUAAAGGACAACUUAUUGGUGACACCUCUGCACAACUUCACCGUGUAUGGGAAGCCUAGCAUCGUACCGGAAAUUAGCGGAGGUGCCAUACUUGUACUCAAUACGACUGGACAGUAUGUGGAACUGCCAAAUACCGGCAUGCAGUGCUUGCAAGAUCUAACUACAUGUGACAACGGUUUUACAUUGAGUUUAGAAAUAAAAUUUCUUAACUCUUCAAUCACGGAUAAACAGUACAUCUUCUCAAGUGGAGGCGACCAGUUGAACACUUCCGGUAUUGCACUGUACCUGUGGAAGGGGGAGUUGUAUUGUUCUGUGAAGUGGAAUAAAGUCUUAUGGGCUUCGAAAUCCAAAAUUCAUUUCAGUCAUACUGAGUGGCAUACCUAUCAAGUGUCCUGGAAUGAUGUCGAUGGAUUUAUAGUAUACAUUGACGGUCAGCUGUUUAUGAAUCAUACACUCAGAUUCCCCAACCCAACACAACCGGAUAUUCAUUCUUUACUGAUUGCGAAAGGUCAUGGAUCCUCCAGCACUUCAUUCCUUGAUAUCAGAAACUUGUUUGCAUGGACAGCGUCACGUGAUGUUCUCAUACACGAACAUAUUAUUCAAGAUUACACCACAAUCAAGCCAACGUCAACAAAACCUAAACCACCAACGGCAGCCCCAACAACACAAACGACAAAGGCGCCAACAACACCACCAACAACAAAGACGCCAACGACACUACCACCAACAACAAAGGCGCCAACAACACCACCACCAACAACAAAGGCGCCAACAACACCACCAACAGCAAAGGCGCCAACAACAACACUGCCACCAACAAAGCCCCCGACUACUACAUCAGCCAAGAAUAUAGUUUCCUACAACUGGUCGUUCACACAAAUCAGCCAGACGAAUCUGAUUACGUCUGAGAACAUUACGCUACAUGUAUACGGUGGGGCUACGGUGGACCCCAAACAGAUGGCCCUCCACAUCACACAAACAACCCACUACAUUGACUUCGGCAUGCACAAGAACACAUGUUUAGGUAAUCUUGAUAUGUGUCAGUCUGGGAUCACGUUUGAGGUUGAAGUGGCGUUUGAAUCACUCCAGGAAAAUACUAUAAUCAUGUCAAGUGGAGGAGAGAAAACGGAUGGAACAGGAAUUGCCCUCGUCUAUAGAUUUGGCCAAAUCCAGUGUGUUGUCUCCACUUCAACUGUAUCAUGGUACGUGUCUGUACCCCGCGACAAACUUACCAUCUCGUCCUUCAAUUCCAUCGUAGUCUCUUGGGCGCUUGACAAGGGUUUGAUUUUGUAUGUAGACAAGCAGAUUGUAGAUUUUAGUACGACACAAAUAUCCCAUCAGUUGGUCAACAGCUCGAACCAGCAUCUUUACGUAGGACAGCCACCAACAGUCUCGUCCACGACAAAGGUAGACUUCUACCUCAAGUCCAUCCACUGCUGGCAAGUCUGGAUCGACAUCAUUAUUGACAUCGACAUAAUCAUCGGUUUCCCGCCAAGUAAAGUGACCACAACCCGUAAACCCGUUACGACAAGGGCGACAACUCCAACAACAACGAAGGCACCGACAACAUUACCUCCCCCUGCCAGUACCACAGACGUUUGUAAUAAAGGCUGGAUCUGUAAAGACGACAUAACAACACCUAAGCCAACGACAACAAAGAAACCUACCACACCAAAGCCGACAACUACUCCGAAACCCACAACAGAGGCGACCACUACACCUAAAACUACAACACCUCGUACAACUACACCUCGCACAACUACACCGCGCCCAACUAAACCCGGCCUGCCAAUUUACAACGUGCAUCCUCAUAUCCGACCUGGAGUUGACGGGCAGGGGUCUGCUUUCUUCACAUGUGCUUUCGAAAAGUCAUAUCAGGAAAAUGUUGAAUUUAUUGUCUGCCUGAACAUCAAUGGGAAUUGUGAACUAAUGAACAUCGUGUCUGGAUUGACGGAUAGUUAUAAGUUUACAGUUGCCAGCAUCAAUGACAACCUGUUCAACAAAAAGGUGACGUGUUCCAUCCAGGCUCGGUACAAAGGUCAAAGUGGACUGACGAGUAAACUCACCAGUGCACUCUUCAUCCCCACCAUCAAGCUUAUCACUACUGGCAAGCUAGUAUUGACCGAGGGGCGGACUCCCCAGUAUGUCACCAUCAAUUCCACAGCUCCCCCACAAAUGUUCUGUUGUCAAGGUUGUAAGGGACAGUGUACUAUAGUCAUUCAGACUCAUACUGACUACGAUCGGCGUGACAAAAAGUGUGGACAGUUGGUUCUACCACAAGUUAUUAUCGGAUGGAAAGGUCCGAGUCAGACCACAAAAGCGGAGUCAUGCGGAGCCUCUCUGUCGCAAUCCAACUGGCAAGGCCUAAUUCAGAUCCCCAUCACCGCUAUGGUGGAUAACAUGUACGACCGCGACCACAAUACCCACGUGACCGUCCAGGCCCUAGUGACGUUUCCCCGGCAACCCCCGAUAGUGACCAGUACUUCGCUUACUCUCAAUAUCGGUCGCAUUGAUGUGGUUGCUAAGGACAACGACCACAAGUCUAUGUGUACAUCAUUAAAUGAUCCUCAUAUCACAACGUUUGACGGCAGACGAUAUGACAAUUUCAACACCGGAGAAUUUGUUUUGUACCGACAUAAGACACUUCCAUAUGAGGUCCGAGCACAGUAUCAAAAAUGCAGUACUCGGAGACAUUCUAAUCCCUCAUGUAACUGCGCAGUCGCGAUAAAAUCUGGUGACGAUGUAAUAACGUUUUCGAGCUGUGGAAGUCAUGGCGUCAUGGCACCCCAACCCCAACAUGGCCACCAUGGUCAUGACCGUCACCACCACCACCAACCGGCACCAACUCCAAUCACGAUACAGAUGUUUAAGAACGGUAAACUCACUCCCGGCACUGUCAUCCGUCGACUGGGAUGCGGACAAAAGUAUGAGGUACAUCUACCUACCGGCACUGUCGUAACAAUCCAAUCCAGCGCGCGACCCUUCCUCAACAUCUGGGUUAAACCUUCCAGCUUGGAUUACUCACAAACGGAAGGUCUUUGUGGCGUUUACGACCGAAAUAGGGGAAAUGACGUCCUCGACAAUCGUGGUAGACCCAUUCCUGAAAGUAACCGCCAUCCAGAUGAGUUCUCGAUGAAAUGGCACGUCAGUUCGGGAGCGAGUAUUUUCACUGGAGUACCAGCAGCCACCGUUCCUGGAAUCACUCGCUUCUGUAGCUGUGUCCAGGGUCGCCAGGUGUUUUGUGUUAACAGUCACGGCACCAUGAGGUGUCUAGAAACACGUUACGACAUCACUAGGACGAUAGAAUCCCAGGCCAGACUACCUCAGCUUGGUGGUAGGGGCAGAGGUAAACGUCAGGCCUCAAUUACCCCAGUCACACCAGAGGUGUUGCCGCAGAACACUUUGAACUACACACUGGAUGAAGCUAAAGAUGUAUGUUCUAAUGCGAUCUAUAACAACUCGGUGACCGUCCAGUGUGACAGCGUGGUGAAUGGUUCCGACAUUUCAGAGAGGAUAGACAACUGUGCGGCCGACUUAUACUCUACUGGUGACGACGUCUGGGCACUUGAUUCAAUCAAGGACAUCAUGGAGGAAUGUUUGGGAGAGGUGGACAAGACUCCAGUGAACGGGUCGAACUCCAGUGUACCUGUCAUUGAUACCUCUAGUCUUUGUAGUGAGGACUGCCAAAAUGGAAACUGUACUCAAGGAGUGUGUCAGUGCGAGCCUGGAUUCGCCGGAACUGACUGCUCGGUAUCCGCCAGAAACACCACACCGACGGUAAACGCCAUGCCAGUAAACAAUGUCGGAUGUGAUGUGAGACAUUCUAGCGACAGGUGUCAGACAGUCAUGAUCCUGGGACAAAACUUUGUUGAAUCACCUACCCUGACUUGUCACUACACGUAUAUCAAGGUAACAUCUUCAGUAGAAUCAAUUGGACUCGAGACUACAGUUUCUGCAAACUUCACGAAUAUGUACCAAGUAUCAUGUCGUCUGCCCGAUGCUAAUACUGGAGCCUUGAUAAGAGUGAGCAAUGAUGGUGCUACACAGAGCACCAAUCAGUACCUCCAUCUUGUGUUCGACUCAAUCUGCUACCAAUGUUCGAUCGCUAAUGAUACGUCGGCAUCCACGUGCAGUCGAAAGGGUGAUAGCUGUGUUAUCGACGAGGCCUGUUAUGGUAAAGACGAAACUAAACCCGGGGAGAAGUAUCAGGUUUGCAAGCCUGACAAGAGCGAAUCCUCGUGGACUGAUACAUGUAAUUCAGACCCCGCCUGUAGUCCAUCAGUACAGGCCUCAAAACAGGACGAGGACAGCACUUUCGACCAGACGGAAAUCGUUAUCCUAGCAGUAGUGUGUGGAAUCCUUGGAUUCUGUUUACUCGUGGCCAUCGGAUACAUUGUGAAAAACAGAACGAAGAAGCCGAACCACAAAAAGUACACAGUUCAUGAAGAGAAAACGGAGAAUAUACCGGAAGUAGCCUACGAUAACAAAAUGUAUGCGGACAAUACUUACAGAAUGUAGUCAAUCGAGAUUUGUCAUUUGUAAUUUUCGAAGGAAAAUAUGUAAAUGGAAAGUAAACCUUUAAUAAACGUUUGUAUUAUGUAAAAGACAUUUUCUUUUACCUUUCUAAGUUCACGUAAGUAAUAUAUUCUUUGUGUAUGUACACUUUUCUUUGAUGUUAACCAGUAUUCCUUUUCGAAACUCAUAAAUAAAGGGGUUUUACGCACAUUCCUUCUGUUCCAACAGUUGUUUAAACCAACUUGGAUUUCCAAUUGUUUGACCCUAGUAUCAACGAUGAGUGGUAGAAGGACGAAACAGCUGUAUGGUUCUGUGUAAUUCAUUUGUGCCAUGCUGUAUCUAUUACCAAAUUGUAUAGGUGAAGUCCCAAGUGUGUGUCUUAAGUUCAUUUUUUUAUCAAUGUAAUACCUCAUCUUCUAAAAAUAUGAUUAUCAGUAAACAUGCAGAAAGGACCAGUAAUUAAUGUACACCUUCAAAAAUAUGUGUUUGAUUAAGGAGCAUGAAUUUAUUUUAUCUUAAUUUGAUAUUAUAGUUAGAUAAUGCAAUAUUCAACAAUGUAAAGAUGCACUUCAUUCAUUUGGAUUGGUUUCAGACACCCAUAUGCUUAUCUCUACGUUGGUUCAUCCUAACACGUAAAUAUUUUGUAGAAAAUACGUUAUAGUGCUCACAUACAUAUAGGGGUGCUUUGCUAGUGACACACAGUGAUAUAUACAUAUCGAUCCGUCCUCUUAACAAUAAUAUAAUAGUACGAUCCGGAGUAUACAUAUCCGUAUUUGUCCUAUCGAUUUUAAUUUGACAACACUCGGCUAAUGCUAGAUCAUUUAUAAUGUAACACUAUCGUAUACCACGCGUGGAUACUUAUUACAACAUGAAGACGCCGCACCCAUCUUAGAAAUUUCGACAAAUAUACGCUCUUUGUAAUUACUAUUAAAUCAGAUGUGUUUAACAUGUGUACGACAUCAGUAACAUGUGGCAAUAUCAUUCUGUAAUGUUUUAUAACAAAGAGAACAUUGACAUGAUAUGACAAUGGCAAUUACGUUCCUGUUUUAUUUAACAUUGUGUUAAUCAGCACAAUCAUACAUUUAUACCGCCUUGUUAUAUUUUUCUUUAGUUAGCAUGAUUUUAUAUGAAAGACAAUUAAUUACUAAAGUGAUAUUACAAUUAAUUACGAAAGUGACCAUACACGUUUGUGUUAAAUAUCCCUCCAAAUAAUGUAUUGCAAUACAUGUUCUGUCAACGACUACUAGAACCAAAUUACAUAUUUAGAGUUUCAUUUUUUUUUUCUUAUAGAUCAUCAUGUAAGUAAGACAAUACAAGAAUAUCAAUCAAUAGAAAUAUCAAGGUAAAUGCACAUAUUGAUAUUUAAAUUAUCUUUACGAUCUUUGUAAAGCAAAACAAUGUAUUUCAUUAAUAAAAUUUGAGAAAU